AUGCAGGAACAUUUCAUUGUGGCUAUCAUAACUUUUUUAGUGACAUCUUUGGGAACAGUAGCGAAUCUCGCAGUAUUUGUUGCUGCCCGAAGAAUAAGCUCUAUGAAUAGUUCAUUUGGUGUUAUCACAAAAAAUCAAGCAAUUUGUAAUACAAUUAUGUGUUUAAUCUUCUUGAUUUAUAUACUGCCAUUACAAAUUUUUCCCGUAAAAAUUUUUGUAAGAUAUUCGCAUUGUGUUGGAACGGCAGCAAUGGCAGUCUACGAAAUAUCAAAUCUUUCUCACUUUUUGAUUGCUUUUAAUCGAUUUUGUGCAGUAUUCCUGCCUUCGUAUUAUGAGAGAGUGUUUAGCCCGUUUGGUACAAAAGUUAUGACAUAUAUAAUUUGGGUGGUUUCAACAAUCUGGUGUGUGGUAUUAUAUGAAAUUGUUGCCUGUCAUUUUAAAUAUGAUGAUGCUUCUUGGUCACUUGCAUUUUUACCAUCAAAAAAAUGUACGCGGUUAACAUGGUACUCUGAUUUUACAUUCAAUACUUCACUGGUUGUUAUGACUCUUUGCACUAACUUGAUAACAGCAAUACAAGCUGGAAGAAAAAGCAGAAUGCUCAUGAAUGCUGCUGGAAUUCGAAUGUCAAAACGACAGAGACAAAGAGAAUUAAAUUUCAUAAAGCAAACAUUUUUUCAAGGAACAACUAUUUUCACUGGACAAGUUACAUAUUACAUCAUAGCACCAUUGCUAUCCAACUCUAUUAUAAUUUUCAUCGUUGGAACUUUAUGGGCAUUCAUGCAUGCAGUCGAAGGAGGAAUAAUUUUAGCAUCUAAUCAAGAAAUGAGAAAUACGUAUAGGAAAAAGAAACGUGAGUUUUAG